AUGCCCGGUCACGAUAUUCGACUUCUCGCCCUCGACGGCGGCGGUGUUCGCGGCCUGUCGUCUCUGAUGAUUCUGCAAAACCUCAUGUCUGCCAUCGACCCUGACGCCCCGCCCAAGCCAUGCGAUUACUUCGACAUGAUCGCUGGCACCAGCACCGGCGGCUUGAUCGCCGUCAUGCUAGGCCGGCUCCGAAUGACUGUCGACGAGUGCAUCGCUGCCUACACGUCGCUAUCCAACAAGGUGUUUGAGAAGAAGAGCCACAGAGUCAAGAUUAAUGGCCAACUGCAGGGGAGGUUCGACAGCGCGGCGCUCGAGCAGGCCGUCAGACAGACCCUGGCGGACAUCGGCCACAGCAAGGACGCCCUUCUCAAAGAUUCCUCCGACGGUGCCUGCAAGGUCCUCGUGUGCGCAACGAGCAAGGAGACGGGAGACACGGUGUGCCUGACAAGCUACCGCCCCGCCCGCGGGGUUGCUCAUCUGUACGACUCCACCACGAUCUGGCAAGCCUGCCGGGCGACGUCUGCCGCCACCACUUUCUUCGAUCCGAUUGCCAUCGGGCCCUACCAAGAGCAGUUCGUCGACGGCGCCCUGGGAGCCAACAACCCUGUCUACACGCUCUGGACCCAAGCCCAGGACGUUUGGGGCGACGACCAGUUGCGGAGCCGUCUUCGGUGCCUGGUGUCAAUCGGGACGGGCGUACCCGCGCUCAAGCCCGUGCGCGAUGACGUCCUGGGCAUCGGGGCCACGCUGACAAGCCUCGCGACGGAAACAGAGAAGACGGCGGAGCAGUUUCGUCGCGACAAGUCCAGCCUCGACGACGAAGGCCGCUACUACCGCUUCAACGUCUCUCGCGGUCUCGACGAUGUCGGCUUGGCGGAGUCAAGGAAGCAGCGCGAGAUUGCGGCGGCGACUGGACGGUAUGUCGCGUCGCAGGAUGUGUUUAGACAGAUGAAGGCGUGCGCCAACGGCCUUGCGCGAAAGCAAUACUUUGGCCCCUUCAGGACACCCUUCAGCCUGGACGGCGUCCCCGCAUCGGAUAAGUUCGUCGCUAGGCCGUCUGACACGGCUGAACUGGAGAAGUGCCUUCUCCCGCAGCGAUCACAUGCCCGACAGACGGGUAGGAAAAUAUUCGUCCUUUUCGGACUCGGCGGUGUGGGAAAGACGCAGCUGUCCAUUGAUUUCGCCCGACGCCACCAGGCCGCGUUCAGCUCGGUCUUCUGGCUCGACGGCAGAUCAGAGGACCAACUCAAGCGAAGCAUCGCCGGCUGCAUCGCCAAGAUCCCCGAAGGCCAGGUUCCCGGAACUAGCCGACGCUGGGCCGAUAGUCACGCCCACAGCCAGGACGAACUCGACGACGCCGUGACGAAUGUGAUGAAGUGGCUUGGGCGGCCCGACAACCGCGACUGGCUGUUGAUCUUUGACAACGUCGACCAAGAUUGGAUCGGUCAAGAAGCUGGAACGGGCGCCUACGAUCCGAGGCGGUACCUACCGGGCGAUCAUGGGUCGGUGCUGAUCACGACGCGACUUGCCCGUCUGGAACAGCUCGGCAAGUCUCGAAAGUUAGGUCAAGUCAACACGGCCUUAGGCAAGGCCAUACUCGAAAAGUGGUUUGGCGGCGAACUUGGCUCAGGUUGCGACGACCUCCUAGAACUGCUACACGGGCUACCCCUGGCGCUGGCGCAGGCCGGCUCAUAUCUAAGGGAAACGGGUGUUGACGUCGCAACAUAUGUGCGGAUCUACAGUGAGCAGUGGGCCGAGCUGAUGGGCCCUUGCGACGCAUCGAGCCGUCCACUCGUCGACUACAAUCAAGGAAGCAUCAGGACAACGUGGACCAUUUCGUUCAAGGAGAUUGAGCGUCAGAGCACUAACGCUGCCAAUCUACUGCGGCUCUGGGCCUUCCUCGACAAUAAGCAGCUAUGGCAUGGCCUGCUGGCAGUGACGGCGGACGGCGGGGGACUGCAAGACUGGUGGCCUGACUGGCUCAGCGAGAUGGGUAGCAACGUGGUGCGAUUCCUUGACGCAGUCCGGGUGCUGCUGCGGUACUCGAUGAUUGAAACUGAGGAAGGAUCGAAGGACAGCUACUCGAUGCACCCAGUAGUCCACCGAUGGGCAUCAUGCCUGGACGGGCAGCUGCAGGAGAACGAAUGGCCAAGGCUGGCGCUCGCGGUGGUGGGGCAGUCGGUGCCGAUGCAUGAAACGAGGGAGUAUUGGGUGGUGCAGCGGAAACUGAUUCCACACGCCGAAAUAGUGCGGAGAUGGAUACAAAAGGCAGUGAGCAGGUGGUAUAUCGGAGAUAAGUUGGUGAUAGACUCACUACAUAUGCUAGGACUUCUCUACGCGGACCAGGGCAAGCUCCCAGAAGCAGAGGCGAUGUACAAGCGAGCGCUAGAAGGGAAGGAGAAGGCGCUUGGACGGGAUCACAUAUCAACUCUCGAGACAGUCAAUAACUUGGGAGCUCUCUACGCGGACCAGGGCAAGCUUCCAGAAGCGGAGGCGAUGUACAAGCGAGCGCUAGAAGGGCGCGAGAAGGCGCUUGGAUGGGAUCACACAUCAACUCUCGACACGGUCAACAACUUGGGAAAUCUCUACGCGGACCAGGGCAAGCUUCCAGAAGCGGAGGCGAUGUACAAGCGAGCGCUAGAAGGGAAGGAGAAGGCGCUUGGACGGGAUCACACAUCAACUCUCGGCACGGUCAAUAACUUGGGAAAUCUCUACGCGGGCCAGGGCAAGCUCUCAGAAGCGGAGGCGAUGUACAAGCGAGCGCUAGAAGGGCGUGAGAAGGCGCUUGGACGGGAUCACACAUCAACUCUCGGCACGGUCAAUAACUUGGGAAAUCUCUACGCGAACCAGGGCAAGCUUCCAGAAGCGGAGGUAAUGUACAAGCGAGCGCUAGAAGGGAAGGAGAAGGCGCUUGGACGGGAUCACACAUCAACUCUCGACACGGUCAACAACUUGGGAGCUCUCUACGCGAACCAGGGCAAGCUUCCAGAAGCGGAGGCGAUGUACAAGCGAGCGCUAGAAGGGUUUGAGAAGGCCCUUGGGCCAACUCAUACCAAGACAUACACUGUUACAAGCAACUUGCGACAUUUGAACUCCAGCCGAGUAAAUGCGCCAACCAGGCCUGGAAAGAAUGACCCAGUUAGUAGAACACGGGUUCCCAGAAGACUAUCGACUAAACUUCGUGACAUCUUCCCGUUCCGCAAGAGGGCACAACAGUAA